ACAUGUUAACAACAACACUUUCUGAAUUUUAUCGGCUCCAGAUCACCAAUUGUUCUAAAUAAUCCACAGUUUCGUAUUUCACAAGACAUUCGCAGACGACUUUACUAUGGACGCCUUCGGACCACCAGUGGAUGGAACAGAUUGGAUGGGAUUAGAUCAGUGUAUAGAAGAGACUAGAAGAACUGAUAAACCUGAUUCUAAUUCGGAUGAUAAUGAAGAAAAGGUUGAAAUUUGCAAAACAAGACAAGGCUCGAAACCACAUUCAACACCCCUUACACUUAAAUGGUUAGAAGAGAACUAUGAAAUAGCUGAUGGUGUUUGUAUACCUAGAAGUACUCUAUAUCUACAUUAUUUAGAUUUCUGUGAACGUAAUGACAGUAAUCCUAUUAAUGCUGCUAGUUUUGGAAAGAUAAUACGGCAACAGUUUCCACAAAUAACUACUAGAAGACUUGGUACAAGAGGCCAGUCAAAAUAUCAUUACUAUGGGAUUGGUGUGCGUGAAACAUCAACAUAUUAUGAUAUUAUGUAUUCAGCUAAAGGCGUUCAAAGUCAUGGUGAAGGCAAGAAGGAGGUUAGCAAUAAGCCCGUUGCUUAUUCUCCAAGGUCUAAGUUAGGAACUUUAUUACCAGACUUUCCUGAUGUUAAGGAUAUUAAAAUGCCACAAGAUGUUGGUGAAGAUAAGGUGGCUACAUUUCUUGUUAUGUACAGAACACAUUGUCAGAGAAUUUUAGAUACAGUUAUCAGAGCUAAUUUUGAUGAGGUGCAGAACUUCUUAAUACAUUUUUGGCAGGGUAUGCCAAGUCACAUUGUACCGAUUUUAGAUUCCCCUACUAUUGUUAUGUUAGUUGGUGUUUGUGAUUCUAUAUUGUAUAAAGCUAUAUCUAGUGUUCUCAUGCCCACUGUUCUACAAGCUCUUCCAGAAAGUUUAACACAAGUAAUACGGCGAUUUGCUAAACAACUAGAUGAGUGGUUGAUAGUCUCUUUAAAUUCUUUACCAGAAACUCUCAAGAAAAUCAAAUUUGAUCUCGCACGACGUUUUUCACAAGUUCUCAGACGUCAAACAUCGUUAAACCAUUUAUGUCAGGCGGCGAGGACGGUAAUCCACAGUACUGAUAUCACAUCCCAGAUGCUCGACGACUGGUUAAACAUCGAUUUAAACAGUAUUAUAAAACAGACCUUAUAUACCAUGGACCAAUAUACAGAAAAAGACCAUACCAUCAUUGUAAAUUUAUGUAGUGAGUUUGAGAAGUUAUUAGAAGAACAUUCUACAAUAGAGUCGUAUAUCGAUUGGUUAGAUAGUAUGGUAGAUAGAUGUAUAGUUCAGCUUAGUUCUCAGAAGUCUGGAACGUUGCGAAAAAUAGCUCGUCAGUUUUUGUUAAUGUGGUCUUGUUUUGGUACGAGAGUUAUUCGUGAUAUGACAUUACAUAGUGCUCCUAGUUUCGGUUCUUUUCAUCUACUACAUCUCAUGUUUGAUGAUUAUGUGCUGUAUUUAGUAGAAAGUUUACACGGACAAGAGAAAGGAAAUGACUUUUUACGAACAAUAAAAGGCGAAGAUACAGGCAUAAUUCUAGAACAAUUUAUUAUAAAAGAAGAUAUACAGUUACCAGAAAUAGAUGCCGCCAUGACAACCGCCAUGUCUAAUCAGGAUCGAGGCUCAGUCAUCACAACCACCAGAGGCAUACUAGGCACUUCUGGUUAUGUAAAUAAUGAAAUACAUGAAGACAUUACAUCAGUAUACAACCAAACAGAUAAAUUAUUAGACUCUCCAAGAUCUCGUCAACUAACAACAAAUACAAGUAGCAAUAUUUCCUUUUCUAGCUGUAGUAACUAUGGUAACCAAUAUGGCCAAAUUAACAACAACAAAAAUCAUGUACAAUCUACAUUUGAUCUUGCAACGGCACAGUUAUAUGAUGAUACGAUAAGAACAGGGCAAACUGGAGUACGUCAAGUAACAACACCAUCUGAUUGGUCACGUCAGCAACAAACGGGUGGUGGAGAAAACAUGGCCGUUGUUAUGAGAAUGAAUGAACAAAAUGCUUAUCCUGCUUACCAACAAACACGACAAAGUCUGUUUGAAUACAACGGUUACACGUACGAUCAAACCGGAAAACAAGUUGGAACGCCAGCAACGAACGAAACGCAAUACCCAUACCACUCAUACGGUGGGGUGGGAGAUUUUUACAACGUAAAUUAUAAUCAAGAAAACAGUAAACGGCGAGUGGAAGAUGAUCCGUAUUCACGUACUUAUAAAAGACAAAACAAAGAACAGUUUUACUACGAUCAUAUUCCAAAUAACUUCGCUCAGAUAUAAUAAAGACAAUGGAUAACUUCGUCAUUUUAAUAAAUCAGACUUAAACAUAUAUUAUGUAAGAGCUAAAUCUGACUAUUGUAGGUCUUUCUUUAGACCUGAAAUGUUAUAUAAACUAUUAAUUAUGUUUAUUAACAUGAAAAGAAAUUAAUCAACUCCCGAUGUCGUGUAGGAUUGUCACGGGAUUUGAUUGGAUAAUCGAGACUAUGUUUUUUAUCGUACUGACUUUAGUAAUGAUGAUCGAGGCUAAAAUCAAUCGCUAAUAUCUCGGUUCAGAGUGGAGCAAUUUGACUGAAAUAUUCAGUAUAUUAUCCUUACAUUAUCUAGUUUUUAACUAUUAUAGUGAGAACUGCCAGCUCUUUAUCUGAUCUUCCAUAAUGUAUGUUUAAGAUCCAUAAUUGGUUUGAAUUAUCAAUAACGAUAAUUUAUGUAAGCCUAUAUUUAUUUGUUCCUGGUCUAUAUUUAAAAAUAAUAUAUACAUAUUGUGUUCAACUCAUUUUAAGGUUUACGUGUAAUAUACUCCGUGCCAUUUUUUUUUUAAAAAUAUAUAUAUAUCAUUUACGACGGGUAGUCAAAGUAGUACGUGUCUACACCUGUUGUUAAUAAAUCAUAGAAUCACCUACUUGUAACAUUGUUAAAAUUAUUGAAGGACACGCAAAGCAUAAACAUAUCACCCUAAAAAUGUUAUCAUAAGACGAUUCUGUCCUGUUUCAUAAAUGAUUGAUUUUAAAAGUUUAUUUUAACACCAAUGACUAUUUUGUUAACAAUUACAUAUAGCUUAAUAUGUAUAUUUGCUAAAUAAAGAAUGGUGCCGUAUGUUCAUUUUGAAAUGCCAAAGAGUUUAAUUAAAUGACACUCGUUACAUUGGACAGGGGAUUAUUUUUACUUGGUUGCUGAUCAAGUUUCAAUUAUUUUUUAAGUUGGUAAAAACUGAGUAUUUGAAAUAAUCCGGGCUGUGUUGGGUCAAGGAUUUGUUGAACAAUGAUAAGUCGGUGGGGGGGGGGGGUCUAAUCCACCCAAGGGGAACUAACUUCCCCCAAAAGUAUGAGCCCGCCAUAGCUCGAUAAAAUGGUUGGUUUCUCGAGUGUGUUGCAAAUGGAAUUGUGAAUUACGUCACUCCUUAAAACAAAACCUGAAAUACCAUAUCUCUUUAACUAAUUUCAUUAUUCACCAAAAUGAUUAUUUUAACAUUUGUACAUAACUCGCGUUUAUUUAUUAUAUCUAGAUUUAUAUACAUUGAUUGCUCGUAACAUUAUGUAUAAAGUAAUAUAAUAAAAUAAAUUAAUCAGAUAUAUAAUAUUUCUUAUUUGAUUCAGUUUCA